CAACUAACGAUCGGCAGCGUUUUAUAACCAUGCUCCAGACGUGUUGCAGGGCCCCUAUGAGGCAUACAAUAGUUGGCCGGGGGGACGACUCAGAUCUUGCUCGGCGAAAGCGCAGCAGAUGAGUGGCGAGAGAUGAUUGCGCAGUCUUAUCACACUCGGGCGCCGAAAAGCGCCGUGCCGAGCGCAUGAUCACGAUCAGUUCAUUGCAGCUGCUGUAUCGAAACAUACGCAGGUAUCUCGGCUGCUUCGUGGUUACCACUCAGGCCCCGACCUCGCCGCCACUUCUGGAGGCGUCGGACGACAAGCGUGUUGUGUUUCGUCAAGCGCGGAACCGAGUCCAGUCCUACAGCUUGUGUUGUCUCCGCAAAGUCAUCUCUCGGGGCGCCAGACGUCACGAUUCUGCUUCGUCAUUCGAGACGGAACCGCUCGCACGAUUCGCACCUUCGAAAGAGAGAGCGUCAGAGGAGUAGGCAUGACUUUGCCGAAUGAUUUCGGCUCUUCGGAGUUCCGUUUCGUCCCCUGUGAGCACUCUGCGCCACAACUCACGCCGGUCGCUCUACUUGACGUGCAGUGCUUCGACGGCUCCGGCGAACAGAAGGUCUUUCCGCACGACGACCGUUAUUGCGAAUCGUACCAGCCGUAUCUCUGCAGCCCGCUGUCUGACAAGGGUACCCAGCGUUAUUUCCCGAGCGAGGCAAUCCGUUCUCGUUCAAGAAACGCCGUGGCCGGCACCCGUUACACACCGGUCGACGUCAGCUGCGGACUUUUCUCUCUGCCUUCACGGCCCAUGGAGCUGUGUUCCGGAGACCUAGGCUCGAAACCUUUCGACCCCUACGGCGAGGCGGAAAGGCUUUCGAAGAUUCAGUGCAUGGCCGAAGAGCUCGUGGCUCGCGAAGCGGCCGUGCCUUCCAAUUACCGAGAUGUCGACUUGAAAGAAGUCGGCGGCGCAGCGUGCUGCUUGACCCCAGAGACGAGCCCUGCCAAGUCGCCGUUCCCGUCGGUGGACUCGUUGUCGAACUUCGAGUCGUCGCUCAUGCCUCUCGUCGAAGCAGCGGACACUUCCGUUCGGGUCUCCGUCCAGGAGGCCUCUAGCGGCGAGGGCUCUGCUGCUUCGACCACUGUGGAAGCUUCGAGGAAGCAGCCACCGACUGAAUCCGCCGGGGCGUCGUCGCCUCCUACGUCAGACGGUCCGGACGUCGCGAGGGGCCCGAGCGGUACUCCAGGAGUACAUCCGCCGAGCGCGGCGGCGACUCCGAGCUGCGGUCGUCGGAAGAAGGCGGUUCCGAAAAAGAGUCCCCCUGCAGAUGACCCAAACUUCAAGGGUGCCAUAGUUCGCAUGCGGCUGGAGAUGGUCAAUGGACAGCCGAAGCUCAAGAUGGAGCAUCAAUACAACCACACACAGCGACGAGGCGUUCUACGACCCGAGCUAAGCGAAUCCGAGGACGAAAUUGAGUUCGCCAGAAGGGAGGACGCUGAACCGCAAGUUUUAUACAAGCAGUGCGCGUCUUGCGCCACGAAGCUAACGCCGCUGUGGAGAGACGCCGAAGACGGCACGCCGUUGUGCAACGCGUGCGGCAUCAGGUACAAGAAGUACAAAGUGCGCUGUACCCGCUGCUGGCACAUUCCCAGGAAGAACGAUAACACCGGCGCGGACUGCAAGGAGUGCGGGGGCACGCUGCGUUUCUUCGCGCGAAAGUCGACCAACUGAACUUUGUACUCUUUUUUUUUCUUUUUUUUCUGUAUCAUUUAGCUUCAGGUAGUGUACCGCAAGCUCAUGUGUAUAUAGGCAGUGUUAAACAUUAGCCAUGUACAUUAUUCAUUUCCUGCAGAUGCUGAAAAAUACCUAAGCUUGUAAAAAAAAAAAUGUGUCCAAUAAACGUUCGUCAAUCA